AUGGCAAAAGAACAACCUCCCGCGCAGCAAACAGCCAAUGCCCAUCCUUCUCCAAAAUCAAAGCCCCAAUCGAAAAUACCCGAAAUAGAAGCCAGCAUCGCCAACCAGCAGAGACUGAUGGCGCAAAUCCGCAAGCAGCUUGCAGUCUCAGAGUCAAACUUAUCCCUAGAAGUGGAGCGUCUAGGGCGUAUGGGUGAAAAUGUCCGCCGCGCCGCGCGGGAUUUUCGAGCUAUUCGAUCAAGAUGUAGUGCGUUUCGUAAGAGGCUUUGUGCGAAGGAAAAGGGCGCGGUGGCAGAGGUCGAUGGCGGGGAUGGAGGUAAUAAAAAUGAACUUGCUCGGAUAAAGAGCAAGGCCAACAAUGGGGAAAGGAAAGCAGGGUUGAAAUGGUGGAAGCCAAAGGAAAGGGAUUGCUAA